CUCCCUGAUUAUUGGAAGUGGAACUAAUACCUGAAAGAUUUAUGCAACAAAACCUAACAUCUGCUCUUAAUUAAGAUGCACAGAUAGGGUUUCAUUUGUUGAUGGGAUACAUGGCGGGCUACAUGUGCAGUACAGACAUUGUCAAGUCUUUUUAGGUUUCUAUAAUGCUGAGAGCUGUUUGUGGGAAAUGAUAAUUGUUUAUAGAUUUUCAAUUAUUAAUAUCAAGGCUCAGUUUGGAUUUUAAAUAUUAUAUUGACUUUUGCUUCAAGCAUAGAAAAAAAUGAUUGGAAUAAACCAUUCACAGUCAUAUUUUUAAACAUUUGUCAAGUGUUUUUGACGUAAACUUGUUGGAACAAUUUAUAGGCUGUAAAAUGCUAUGUUUUUAAUGCCACUUGUAUGUAAAAAAUAUUGGUUGUUUAUGACCUUGCCAACCGGACCAAUGAUGUGAAAAGGUUUAUUGAGAGGAAUUUAUCUUUUGGUGAUGAGAUGUUUUAUCCCUGUGCAGGUGAUUUCAUAGCUAGAUAAUCAUCGACAUGGAAAAACAGGACCCGUAUGAGUGAAAAUGCACACAUGUAUAAACAUCACAGCUGAUAGUGAAUUCUUGUGUUUAUUAAAGCCAGGUUCUGGGACAUAAUACUGUAGCUGGAAAUAUGAGUGAAAUUGGAGGACGUGAAUAUAGCUUGUGAUUAAGUUGUGGUAUAUGAAAUAGCGGUUGACUCACAUCAGCCAAAACUCCUGCUGCAUAUUUCCUGUGUAGCUGGAUUGUAAUCUGUAGUGAGAGUGUUUCGGUACACUUAUAUAAACAGGUCUGGUUCAGCCUCUCAUCAGGCAAGAUUCUUUGUUUCUUAUCUUGGAUAUUUUAUUAAUUUUCUUGGGGGAAAAAAGGUGUAAAAGUGCUAACUUAAUCAACAAGUGUUGACAUUUGUUAGAGGAUUUUUAUUAAUUUAUAUUCUAUAAACAUUUUUAUGAUGUCAACACCACAUGGAGUUACCCAGCCGAUGGGGACACGGGGCCCAGCCCCACCCCUCCCAGAGAAGCCACCUUCAGUUGCUGAGAGAACACGGUUGCUUAAAUCAAGUUUUCGCCACAAUGAUGUUGAUAAACCUAGGCCAGUUGUAGCUGAUUCCAGCCACACUCCAACCAGGUCUAGCCCUUUGUCCGAGGUCACAAGAUCCGCAGGGUCUUCAGUCUCCAGUCUUAACUCCAACCCUGCGGUGGGGGACAAGGAACGGGAAGAAUCACCGCCCAGUUUUGUCAAUGGUGCUAAUACACCGCCAGUGGUACCGUCUAAGCCACCACCCAUGGUAACUCCUCCCAUAGUGAACCCCGCCAUGGUGACCCCCGUCAUGGACAAUAAAGAGGUUGAGAGGCAGGCCGCGUUGAGUUCGGCCAAGCGUGAAGCAUUCUUCAAGAACGCAGAGUUAACUGCCCCUACCCCAAAGUUUGACCCGAAUGUGCGAUUUACGUCGGAACGACCAGAUAGAGGUACUGAAAGAAAUCGAGACCCGCCAAUAAGGGAACCAGUGAAGAACAUGGCGACGGAGGACAAAGAAAAGGAACGGGAUCGGAAAUAUGGGGACACUACUAAAGAACUGGAAGGAUAUGUCGGUUUCGCAAACUUACCGAACCAGGUGUACAGAAAAAGUGUGAAAAGAGGAUUUGACUUCACAUUGAUGGUAGUAGGGGAGUCAGGCCUGGGAAAGUCCACCCUCAUCAACUCAUUGUUCCUCACAGACUUGUAUGCAGCAGAGUACCCGGGACCUUCACACAGAAUACAGAAGACUGUCAAGGUUGACAAGACAAAUGUGGCGUUGAAGGAGAAUGGAGUCCAGUUGAGACUGACUGUGGUUGACACACCCGGCUUCGGGGAUGCAGUUGAUAACAGUAACUGCUGGCAGCCAGUGAUAGACUUCAUAGACUGUAAAUACGAGGAAUACCUCACCAACGAGUCCAAGGUGGUCCGCUCAACAACGGCCGACACCCGCGUCCAUUGUUGCCUAUACUUCAUAGCUCCCACCGGUCAUGGGUUAAAACCAUUAGAUGUAGAAUUUAUGCGUCGUCUCCACGAUAAAGUCAACAUAAUUCCAUUGAUAGCUAAGGCAGACACACAGACACCAGAUGAGUGCAGGGAGUUCAAGAAAACAAUCCUGAACGAGAUAGCGCAGCAUAAGAUCAAGAUAUAUGAGUUCCCCGAGUGUGAUGAUGAAGAGGAAAACAAGAUUCAGAAGAAACUUAAGGACCGGGUACCAUUUGCUGUAGUUGGUAGUAACACAGUUACAGAGGCCGGCGGAAAGCGGAUCCGGGGUCGACAGUACCCCUGGGGUAUCGUGGAGGUGGAAAACCUCGAACAUAAUGACUUCCUUGCACUCAGGAAUAUGCUUAUCAGGACCCACAUGCAGGACCUGAAGGAUGUGACAAACAACGUUCACUAUGAGAACUUCCGCUACAACAAGCUGGCCCCCGCCAACACCGACGGCAAGAUCAAGCCUGGAUCACUCACCAAGGACCCAUUGUCACAGAUGGCAGAGGAGAAACGGGAACAUGACACCAAGAUGAAGAAGAUGGAGGCUGAGAUGGAGCAGGUGUUCGAGAUGAAAGUCAAGGAGAAGAAACAGAAACUUAAGGACUCUGAGGCUGAUCUGCAGAAGCGUUCUGAGCAGAUGAAGAAGAGCCUGGAGCAGCAACAGCAGGAGCUGGAUGAGAAGUGGAAGAGCUUUGAUAAGGAGAAACAAAUGUGGGAGGAGUCGACAGGGUACUCAAACUCGCUGGAGAACGUUAAAGACCACAAAGAUAAGGGUGCGCACAAAAAAACAAAAAAAGGAUUAUUCUGAGGGACAGAUGGUAGCCAGAGUAACAAGUUUGGUUUCCAUUGGGAAAUGGAUAACAAUGGCAGAGAGCAGGCAGCAUCCUACCAGACUGGUUCAUGUGUUCAAAGAGAUCUUUUAUAAAUAUACAAAAAAAAUACCGUCUUCGGUUUUCAAUUUGCAGAUAUAAGGUUAACUACAAAUACAUAUAACAUUUAUUGCUUAUGUAAACAUGAAGAUAAUAAUAAUAACAGAUAGUAAUUGUAAUGGAAUUCAAGCUUCAAAAUUAACCAUUUUUUAUAACAACUAAAAAAAAAUGAAAGUUCAACAGUGUAGCUUAGUCAGGUUUAAGUAUAAAUGCGGGUUAGUCAUUGGACGAGUGUUUCGUGAAAUAAUAAGUGUGUUAUAACAUUAAAUGGACCAAUCAAAGGAGUGCCAAAAUCAUGAGGCAGAUACAUGUAAUGUUGUAGUUUUGUUUUGUAUUGUUUUAACUGAUGAUGUGUAGAUUUUACAUUUUCAACUUUCUAUCGCACAUGUAAAAUUCAUUGCCUGCGUGUCAGUGAAUCCUGAAACAUAAUUUAUGAAUAGAAUUAACCAUGAAAGUUCCCUAUGAAACCAUGUGGAGGUUGAAUAUCAUUUCUAACCAUUCUUUAACACGUGUAUCAUGUAAGCUGUGGGCAUUGACGUUCAAAAUUAUGUAUGCUUAACUCUUCAUACUUGUAUUACUAUGCUCAAAAGCAGGCUUAGAAAACAAUUAUUCUCAUUAAAUGUUGUCUUUUCUUUCUUCAUGUCAGUUUUAUAAUGUAACUUCUUGCCUUUGUCAUUAAGUAUUGUCAGUUUUACAUACAUGUAUAAGUGCUGUUCUUUUAAUUUUAACGCUUUUCAAGAUGCCAAGAGGUGGCGUUUUGUAAAAUUGUAGUUCCUUAGGCAACUUUAUGUUAUAACAAUGUCGGUAGGAUUUGUAGCUGGUAUAAAUUUGAGUGGUUUGAAAUUGAAUGACUGUCAUAAAAUAUUAUUCCGCAUGUGUUAAUUCUAUAUGUUGUUAAUUCUCCCAGAAUGAGUUAGACAGUGAAACAGGGUAAAUAAACUGCUCAUUUAUUUACUAAACUCAUUUAAAUUGACAAUGUUGUUAUUAGGAUCAAUUUUUCUGUACCAUAAGGCAACUAUUAAUAAAUAGUAUGUUGGGGGUUUCCCCUCCCAUAUUUUAGGUGUGGUAGAUAGGUAAUAGGUUUGGGGGCCAGGCUGGGGGGGUGUCUUUUCUACCCAAACCUACGACUCCCUAUUUUAAAAUGGAAUCAAAAGUUAUGACCCCCUGAGUGGCUAAACAAAUAAUUGGGUUGCGGGUAUUUUUUUUGUUGUUUUGGGGUGCCGAAUUAACUAUUUAUAAAUGUGGCCUUUUUGUCAGCAAUUAUUGAAGUGUUUCCUAUAAUAAAAGAGCACGGUUGAGAUUUGUGGUUAGAGUGUAAGGAAAUAAUCUGGAAUUUGGACAUUGCUUUUUUAAACUGAUAAAAACAAUCAGGAAGCAAAUGUGUUCAAAAGUUCAAGAAAUCUAAUCAUGGAAUACAGACUUUAUACAGUUAACCCUUUUCAGACAUAUACAUGGACAAUUCAACAUAAUUAGCCCUUUUCAGACAUAUACAUGGACAAUUCAACAUAAUUAGCCCUUUUCAGACAUAUACAUGGACAAUUCAACAUAAUUAGCCCUUUUCGGACAUAUACAUGGACAAUUCAAUAUAAUUAGCCCUUUUCGGACAUAUACAUGGACAAUUCAAAUAAUUAGCCCUUUUCGGACAUAUACAUGGACAAUUCAACAUAAUUAGCCCUUUUCGGACAUAUACAUGGACAAUUCAACAUAAUUAGCCCUUUUUGGACAUAUACAUGGACAUUCAAUUGUUGUUUACAUGUAACAGAUGUAUUAUCUUCUUCCAAGUAUUUAAACAUGUUUGAAUGAUCAUUGUGCGGAUGAAACAUACCCUUCUUCUGUUCCUGACGUUUUCGCAGCAGUGUUUUCUGUCAGCUGUUUAUUUGUAGGACAUUGUUGAUAACUUAGUUUUAAGUAGUAAAAUGCCAAGCAUCAUAUUUAAUGGAAGUAAAUAAUGUAUAUUUAUUUUUCAUACUAUAGUAAACCCCUUACUUAUAAUAAUCUUGAACUUAUUAUAUAUUUUGUCAAUACCUGCUAGUGCAAUACAACCAUAUAACCUUAAAUAGCCAUUGUAUAUUUGUAUCUCGACAUUAAUGCCUUCUAAGUCUGAUAAACAAAUCAGGUUUACGUAAUGUUAUCCUAAAACGCCUGUCUAUAUGUCAUAGUAAACUAUUGUUUCCAUUGUACAAUUUCUUAGAACAUAAUUACAUGGCAAUGUCUUCCAUAAUGUUUCACUUCAGGUGAUGUUAUUUCUACGACAUCAAAAAUUAUUGACUUCAAAUAAGUGAUUAGGGAUUUUUUCGUCUAAGGAUAAAAUUGUUGAUUCUUUUUCAUUGUUCAUUUGGGAUGGAAUGGAAACUUUAUUUUGUAGCUUGUGUUGUAUAUGUAUCGGUAUUGUGGUAUUAUAACAAUGUCAUUCAAAACCAUGAUCAUCAUUAAAUAUUCUCCAUUUUCAUCAUGAUCAAAUAAUCAUUGUAAUUUUAAGUGUAUUCAUUUAUUCAUUGAUAAUUUUUAUACAUUUAAUAAAACAGAUAAAACUG